AUGGAACAGAAGGUAAGCACAGGUGAACCCAAUGUUCUCGACAAAACAGGGUUAUGUCUACUAUCGUUGGAUGGUGGCGGUGUACGAGGGCUUUCAACCCUCUAUAUCUUGAAGCAUCUCAUGGCUCGAUUGAGCUAUGAACGACCAGAGCUUGGAAAAGUCAAGCCUUGCGAGGUAUUUGAUCUCAUCGGUGGAACGAGUACGGGAGGCCUUAUUGCGAUCAUGCUUGGCCGCCUCGAAAUGAGCGUCGACGAGUGUAUCGAUACGUACGUCAAGUUAAUCAGUACGGUUUUUGAGAAGAAGUCUCGAUGGCCUGUAAAUCUCUCGGGCAAUGUCAGGUCUCGAUUUGAUGCAACGAAGUUAGAAAGUGCCAUUAAAGAUGUUGUGACCAGCCAUGGAGCAAAGGAGACCGACCUUUUCAAUGACGGAUGCGAGCGUGGCUGUCGUGUUUUUGUUUGCACCACAUCGCAUGAGACAAAAGAUAUUGUACGUCUUCGAGACUACAGUGUGCCGUCUAAGGAUAACAUCCCUGCCACUAUCUGCCAGGCAGCACUUGCCACGUCAGCUGCGACAACAUUUUUCAAUCCUGUCUACAUCGGAACACGAAAGUUUGUCGAUGGUGCUCUAGGUUCAAACAACCCCGUGGACGAAGUGGAAGGAGAAGCGGCCGACAUAUGGUGCCCUGGUACCGGUGAUUUAAAGCCGCUCGUGAAAUGCUUCAUCUCCAUUGGGACAGGAGACCCCGGAAUAACUGCGAUUGAGGAUAAGGCACUCAAGUUUCUUUCUGAGACAUUGGUCAGUAUUGUGACCGAGACUGGGCAGACAGAGAAAAAGUUCAUAGCAAGAUGGGCCAAACACUACGACGAUAAACGAUACUUCCGUUUCAAUGUUGAACAGGGACUGCAAGGAGUUGGGCUAGAGGAAUACCGGGAGCAGGGAACGAUAGAAGCAGCAACGCAUCGGUAUUUGGAUCAUCAGACUCAGGUGUUUCGGGUGCGAGAUUGCGUCGAGAACUUGAAGCUUAAACGGGGUAUGGCGAUGUCCAACAUCUCAAGGAUCCUCGGCGGAAGCCAUGCUCCACGUUCAACACAGGUCAAUAUACCAUCAAGCCCUAAAGCACCCUGGACCGUCCCUUUCCGGCGGAAUCCGCUUUUUGUCAGUCGCUCAGCGGAAAUCGCCAGGGUUGAUGAUAUUCUCAGUAAUGACAGUGAAUUCUCCCAGGUUGCGAUUGUUGGGCUUGGUGGCGUUGGCAAAACGCAAAUUGCGCUUGAAUACGCGCAUAUCCUGCGAGAGCGACAUGCGGACUGCGCAAUAUUUUGGAUACCAGCCACUAGCAUUGAGAGCAUGCUGGAGGCUUAUCUACAAAUAGCAAGAGAGCUGCAAAUCCCUUACGUCGGAAACGAAAUUAACGGUAUUCAGACUAUAGUCCAACAUCGACUGAGUCAAGAAAGCUCCGGUAAAUGGCUACUGGUGUUAGACAAUGCUGACGACACCUCCUUUUGGGCUGAUGAAACCAAAGACACGGCUGGUUAUAGCCUGCCAAAGAGUAAACAUGGAUCUAUCCUUUUCACAACGAGGAGUCACAAAACAGCAGUCAAGUUAGUAGGGAGAAAUAUAGUCAAGGUCAAAGCGAUGAAUAACACACUAGCUAAGAAUCUGCUCAGAAAUACUUUGAUCGACUGGAGCCUGCUAGCUGACGAACGAGCUAGCGCUGAAUUGCUUCAGAAGCUUACAUACUUGCCGCUCGCAAUUGUUCAGGCAGCCGCAUUCAUCAAUAAGAACCAAAUGACGCUGUCCGAGUAUAUAUCGCUCCAUGAUACCACUGAGGAGAGUACGAUUGGCAUGCUUAGUCAAGAUUUCGAAGACGAAGGUAGAUACGAGGAUGGGAAGAACCCUAUUGCGGCAACGUGGCUCAUAUCCUUUGAGCAAAUCCAGGCUUCUGACACUUUAGCAGCGGAGUACUUGUCACUUAUGGCCUGCGUUGAGCCAAAGAACAUCCCGCGGAUAUAUCUUCCUCUCACACAUUUGGCAGCAGAGUCUGCUGAUGCUCUUGGGACGCUGAAGGCUUUUUCGUUCAUUGCAAGUCAUGAAAAUAGUCAGCUUUUGGAUAUCCAUCGCCUUGUACACCUGGCGACGCGUAACUGGCUACGCAUGCAGGGAACUCUCACGGAAUGGACGGACAAAGCUCUGAGUCGCAUGAAUGUGCUUUUCCCAAUUCCCAAAGAUGAGAAUCGACACAUGUGGAGACUAUUACUGCCACAUGCUCGAUAUAUUUUAGAGUCACUACCAUGGAAUAGUCCAACAAGCGCAGCGAUACAUCUAUUGCACAUCUUUGGAUAUGGUGCUCUAAGAGAUGGAAGAUACGAAGAAGCUCGAAGGGCUUUCAACACUGUUACAGAUUUCAACAAAAGAAGCCUUGGCAUCGAACAUCCUGUGACAUUGUCUACUCAGGCAGACUUGGCAAACGUAUACUUCAGACAAGGGGAGUGGAGCAAAGCUGAGGAGUUGAGCAUACAAACACUAGGCAGCCUGAAGAAGGUUGUUGGUAUCGAGAGUUUGGUAACAUUGACAAGCAUGAGUGUACUUGUAUCGAUAUACUGCGUUCAAGAGCGGUGGGCGAAGGCAGAGAAGUUAGAACAAGAGACCUUGAAAGCAUACGAGAGUGUGCUUGGCGCAGAGCAUCCGGAAACCCUGGCGAAUAAGAGCUCUAUAGCAAGGAUUUAUAAGGGAAAAGGAAAUUGGAAUAAAGCCAGGAAGCUCGACCUCCAGAUAUUGAAAUGCCAUAGGACAGCACUCGGCAUGGAUCAUCCAUUAACACUCACCAGCACUCGCCUCCUCGCAGAGGAUUACGUCUACUUAGGGCUUCUAAGAAAGGCAGAAGCGCUGCAAAAGCAAGCAACAGAGACUUCCAAGCGAGUUCUUGGAGCAGAACAUCCGGACACAAUUUUUGCCACUGGUACCCUAGCCUCUAUAUAUAGGGACAGAGGCCGCCUUGGAGAUGCUGAGAAGUUACAGAUAUGGGUUUUGAAGAGUAGUCGAGAGGUUCUUGGUGCGGAACACCCUUAUACUAUAUGGGCUAUGGCCUCUCUGGCUGAUACGUGGAGGAGAAUGGGUCGGUAUACUGAGGCGACGGACCUGCUGGAGAAGUGCUUGCAGUUGGAAAUGAAAGUUCUAGGUGCUUAUUACUCUGAUACAUUAAAACAGCGUCGUAAAUUGCGCCGAGGCCAAAUGCACCAGCAGGUGAUUAGUGGGUGCACUCCAAGCUAG